UUUCUCGCGAAUAUUUUUCCAUCUCAAUCAGAAGAUUACAAAGGAAAGCAGAAUUAUAAUCCAUUUUGACAACCAUAGUUAUUCAGAGUAGAAGAAGAAGAAGAAAAAAGCAUUGUUUGGAUUUUAAUUUUCUUCUAAUCUGAUCUCCAAGUGAAGUUGAACAAAUUAAACUGAUCAUUAAUAUCCGAAUUUAAAUCCUAAAUCUAAGGAAAAAAUAAGAUAUGGAGAACAUCGACAAAAUCUCACCGGAAUGUUCACCGGAAAAUGUAUCAGCACCACCAUCAUCACCACCUCCUCCUCCUUUUGUAAAAUCAAAUUCCAAAACCAAGUCGAAGAGAUCAACGGAUAUGUUCUUGCAAAGAAGCCAUAGCUUUGCUUCUACAGCUACAAGAGAUUCAUGGGAUCGUAUGUUCGACGAAGCUCAUGGAGCUGAUGUUUUGAUACAUACAGAUGAUAAUGGUUUGAUUUACGCGCAUUCCAACGUCAUCGGUAUGGCUUCAGAUGUAAUCAGAGGAAUGAUGAAGCAAGAUAAGAGAAAAUCUCAUCGCAAAUCAAUCUCAAUCCUCGGCGUUCCUCACGACGCUGUUCGAGUUUUCAUUCGAUUCUUAUACUCUUCUUGUUACGAAAAGCAAGAUAUGGAAGAUUUCGCAAUGCAUCUUCUUGUGCUAUCUCAUGUCUACGUGGUUCCGCAUUUGAAACGAUUUUGCGAAUCGCAAUUCGAAAACAGUUUGCUCAACAUAGAGAAUGUAAUCGACGUGUUUCAGCUAGCUCUUCUCUGUGAUGCUCCUCGUCUUGGUCUUCUCUGUCACAGAAUGAUUCUAAAGAGCUUUGAAGAAGUAUCAACUUCUGAAGGAUGGCAAGCAAUGAAACAAAGCCAUCCUAGUCUCCACAAAGAGCUUUUACGCUCUGUCGCUUACGAGAGUAACAGCUUGAAGCAAAGAAGCAGGAAACAGAAAGAGAGACAGACAUAUACUCAGCUGUACGAUGCAAUGGAAGCUUUUGUUCAUAUAUGUAGAGAUGGAUGCAGAGAAAUUGGUCCAACAAAGAUGGAAAACCCGCAUGUCUCGUGCGGGUUUCAAGCGUGCAACGGUUUGGAGAAGCUAUUGAAACAUUUGGCGGGAUGUAAACUGAGAUCAAUCCCUGGGGGUUGCAGCCAUUGCAAGAGAAUGUGGCAGCUUCUGGAACUUCAUUCGCGUAUUUGCGUUGACUCGGAACAAUGCAAAGUCCCUCUUUGCAGUAAUUUCAAGGAGAGGAUGAAGAAACAGAGCAGGAAAGAUGAGAAAAGAUGGAAGCUUUUAGUGAAGAAUAUGUUGAGCACCAAGAGAAUUGGAGGAUCUCCAUUCUUUUUGCAGGCAAUUGAUGUUACUUUAUGA